CCUUAAUCGGUAACGAUCGGCGGACUCAACCUCUCUGGAGUCUCCUCCUUUUCACGUGAAAUUGUUGAAGUUUCAAAGCUGUGGGUCUCUACAAGCUGGCAUUUGGCGAACAAAAAUUACACUCACAUAUUCAACAGGAGGCCUAAUGGAGAAGAAGAAGUUUCCCAUAGGACCUCAACAUUACACAUUGUAUGAAGAGAUAGGACAAGGCGUCAGUGCUUCGGUGUUCCGUGCUCUCUGUGUUACUCAUAAUCAGGUUGUUGCUAUUAAAAUUCUCGAUUUCGAGCGGGAUAAUUGUGAUUUGAAUAAUAUAUCUCGCGAAGCUCAAAUAAUGAACUUGGUAGACCACCCUAAUGUUCUCAAGUCACUCUGCUCUUUCGUGACUGAACAUAAUUUAUGGGUUGUCAUGCCUUAUAUGGCCGGGGGCUCUUGUCUUCAUAUCUUGAAGGCUGCAUAUCCAGAGGGCUUUGAGGAGGUUGUUAUUGCCACAGUUUUGCGUGAGGUACUCAAAGCUCUGGAAUAUCUUCAUCAUCAUGGCCAUAUCCACCGGGAUGUUAAAGCUGGAAACAUUCUCAUCGACACUCAAGGUGCAAUUAAGUUAGGGGAUUAUGGGGUUUCUGCUUGCUUAUUUGAUUCAGGUGACAGGCAACGUACAAGGAAUACUUUUGUAGGGACUCCCUGCUGGAUGGCACCUGAGGUUAUGGAUCAAGUGCACGGCUAUGACUUCAAAGCUGAUAUCUGGUCAUUCGGUAUAACUGCUUUAGAGCUUGCUCAUGGCCAUGCUCCUUUUUCAAAGUAUCCACCAAUGAAGGUUUUGCUAAUGACCUUGCAAAAUGCUCCACCUUGCCUUGAUUAUGAGAGGGACAAGAAGUUUUCCAAGUGUUUCAAGCAAAUGAUUGCUAGUUGCCUAGUCAAGGAUCCUACGAAACGGCCUUCUGCAAAGAAAUUAUUAAAGCAUACUUUUUUCAAACAAGCAAGAUCACAAGAAUAUAUAGCACGGAAACUUUUGGAGGGACUACCAGAACUAGGUGAUCGUAUGCAGGCACUUAAGAGAAAGGAAGAAGAUAUGCUUGCACAGAAAGAAAUUCCUGAUGGGCAAAUGGAGGAAAUAUCACAGAAUGAAUAUAAAAGAGGGAUUAGUGGCUGGAAUUUUAACCUUGAAGAUGUAAAAGCUCAAGCUUCCUUGAUCCCUGACGAGGACAUUUUAUCUGACAAAGAAGUAGGAGAAAGCUCCAGUACAAUUUCUGGGUCUGAUAGGCAAGAGCAAGAGAAUCAACUUCAGGAUCAGUGUCAGUCUCUUAGCCUAACUUCUGAAGCUGCAGAAACUGAAGAUAAUAGCGCGGUUCAGAAUUACAGUGCUGCUCCUGUACCAGUCGACUCAAUAGUGAGUCACAUAAAUAAAAUUGAGAAAUCUGAUGAUGCUACGAGUCUUGCUAGUGCAAACCAGGGAAUGCAGGUUUCUAAGAAUAAUUCUCCCUGUAAUGAUAAUCACACUGCAAACAAUUUGGUCGGGAACUCUGACUCGGAAAAUAAUGGGAAGGAGGUUAAAUAUACUCACACAAGGAAAGGGGGUUCUUAUUGCAGUAUUGAUGGUCCUGGCACAUCUCUUUCAGCAAGCAAAGGUGACAGGAGCGUAUUAAAUCUGAAUGGAGCUCAUGUUCCAACUGACGAUUCAACAUGUGAAAGUAUUUCUAAAACGUCUAAAAUGUCAGCAAAUAGUGAAGAGCAGGAUGAAAAGAUAAAACCAGUUGUUCAACAAAGAGGACGGUUCAAAGUUACUUCUGUGAAUGUUGACGUGGAAAAGGUUGCAGCUGCUCCAUCACCUGCAUUGCAAAAAAGUAUCAUCAUGCAGGUCAUUUCUCAGGACCCAUGCAUUUCUAUGCAAUCACCAUCUUGUGCUACACCACUGAACCAACUAGCAGAUGCACUUUUCCCCACACUGCAAUCCAUUUUGCAAACAAAUAUUCUACAAAGGGAGGGUAUUCUUAAUCUAAUGAAGCAGCUCUCUGAUGGUGACUCUUCAGCUAUUCGUCCAGUAGAUGUAGGAAUUACACUGAAUACCAAUGGCACAGAUAAAUCCUCGCUAGAAGCAGCUCAUGAUAGGGAAAAGAAGUUGCUUAGUGAAGUUACUGAUCUGCAAUGGAGGCUCAUCUGUGCUCAAGAAGAGCUUAAGAAAUAUAAAACAGAAAAAGCCCAGGUAUGAUUUGUGCAAUCAGUCGAUCAAAACAAAGUUUCAAUAUAAAGAGACCCCUGAAACAGAGCAUCUAAAGAAAAAAAGCUGAACAAAUUAUUUAUAUAAUGAUCUAGAGAUGAUUAAAUUUAAUUAGAGAUAUGUACUACUUAAACAGUAGGUUUUAUAAUAUUUCAAUUGGUGAUGAUAUGAACUGCGCCCAUUCUCGGCGCUUGCUCAUUUCCAUAUUCUGCUAGAUGAUGUAAUUAGAAAUUUAAUUCUUCUUAAUACUCGGACCAUUUAACUCUGUUAGGAGGACAAACAUUGUCCUGUUAUAUGGAGUACAAGUUAAUUUAGAUAUUUCAGUUCUGACUUGGUUUACAUCUCUUCUGUUACAUUGUUGGUACUUGGUAUUGAGGUUUUCCAUUCACAUUAUCACUAUUUACUUGGUACUCCCUUCCCCAUUAUCCUCAAUUUUCUAUAUUUUAAUUUUUUUUUAAAAUUGGAUGAGAUUAGGGGUGAUCGUGAUCCGGUUAUGAUGGUGGAACUUUUCAUUUUUUGUUUUUAUAUUUAUUUUUAGAAAUAAAUUAUUUGUUUUUAUUUUAAAAAUAUAAUUAACCUUUUUGCCAAAAAUUAAGUAUUUAUUAAGUAAGUAAAAAAUCAAACUCUAACACAUACAUAAUUGAAAGAAUAUUAUAUAUUACAAAUUCGUUUAUUGAAAAUAAGUUUUUUUUGAAAGGAAUAUUGAAUAAGUGUUUAUAUCCUAAAUUAAGAACUCCCGAACAUUUUCUCUGUUAGGAAUUUUGCGUAUCCAAAUCAUUCAUUCCAUUUUAAAGAUAAAUUUGUAUAUUGUUUCUUUAAUUAAUUUGAACAAGAAUGUCAAUGAAGUUGGGUUUCAGUCCUUUUAGGAUCGUCAUCAAUCAAAUUCUUCGCCAUCCAGUAAACCCCAGUUUGUAAUUGCAUAGACGUCUAUACAGCUGGCUUUCAUGUGAUUAGGACGCCCAUCCUGCAGCAGAAGAACAGAUGGCUGGUUGGCCGGGCUGGUUCCGAUUUAAAAAUUCUUUUCAACUUUGUAAGUUGAAAAAUGAACUGAUAUAGAGGAGGAGAUAUUUUAAGAUAAUUUUUACAUCCGUAAUAAUAAUUCACUGGAGUUUGGUUAAAUUUUAAUUAACCAAUCAUAAUUAUUCUAACAAACAUUAGGCACGUGAAUAAGAUAUUAAUCAUUCAAUUUUGGUAUAAGAAAAUAAAGUGAGUGAACGAACUAUACAAUUGGGUUAAGAUAGUGAUUAUCUUAAUAUUGUUUCAGUGACCAACUAAAUAAUUAAUCUCAUAAAAAAGUUAAGAGCUCUAGGAAGUUUUUAAAGAAUUUCUGAAAUAUGUUCCGAGCACUAGUUUUUGAUAUCUUCUUUAAAUUUGAAAUUAAAAACUCCUUUCUUAUAUUGGAGAUCCUCUGGUCACUUGUAUAAAUUCAUGUGCACAUCUCCUCAUCUUAUCUUCAAUUCACUCAAUUCGAAUGAUAAGUGAACUGCAAGACCUGAAGGUGUUAGCCAGGAGGAUGAGCUUCUGUCAUCUUAUGUAUUCUAACAUCCAAUACACACCUAUUUAACCCUCUCUCUCAUCGACAACCCUGCUGCAUACAUAUCAUUUUUCCAUUACAAAACAUGGUUUUUACCAUGGUGUUUCUAUAGCAAGUACAGUGGCUAGUGUACCAGCUUCUAGCAAAUUCAUGUUACCGAGCUGCAAUGAAGUUAAAAAAUUACGUGUUCUU